AUGCUAAGAUUUCUUGUGCAUCGUCUUUUUUCCUUUUGGGCCAUCGUCAACCCGACUGCAGCCACCGCAAAGGUUUUAGAGUAUAUUUAUAUUACUGAGAUUCUUUCCCUAGCUCACAAAGAUUA